AUGAAUCACUUUCCUGAAGCUUGGGGUCGUCCCAGAGACGAUGUUUACGGCGCCUACAACCAUUCAUAUCUUCAGACCUCCGGCCCCAAGACACACACUAUGUCGCCGGCUGUGACGGGAACGUCAGUGGUGGGCAUCAAGUUCAAUGGAGGCGUGGCUCUCGCGACCGACAACUUGGCAUCGUACGGAUCUCUGGCCCGCUUCACUGACGUGAAGCGCCUGCGUGUUUUUGGCAACCAAGCGGUGGUUGGGUUCGGCGGCGAUGUAUCCGACAUGCAAUACAUUGACCGUCUCCUCGAAUCCAUCGAUAUCCGGGAGAACUACUCGACCCAUGGCAACAUGCUCAACGCGAAGAACCUGCACACCUAUCUGGCUAAGGUCUUCUAUAAAAGACGCUCCGAGUUCAAUCCACUGUGGAAUCACGUCCUCGUCGCAGGUUUCGAUGGGGAGGGAAAGCCGUUUCUCAGCUCGGCCGAUCUCCUGGGGACAACAUUCUCGGCCCCGCACCUGGCGACGGGCUUCGGUGCCCACCUGGCGGUCCCGAUUCUGCGCCGGUUGUUCCCGGAUGAGAAACCCAUCGAGGAAGUCACCCGGGAGCAGGCUGUGUCGGCCCUGAAGGAUUGCUUGAAGGUUUUGUUCUACCGGGAUGCUCGGAGUCUGGACAAAUAUUCGAUAGCAGUGAUCACCCAGGAGGGCAUUGAUCUGAAGGAGGAUGAACAGUUAGAGAGUCAAAGCUGGGCUUUCGCCGAAAGGAUCAAGGGGUACGGGGCCCAGACGAACUAG